AUGCCAUCUGUGCCAUCUAAAGCCGAAGACAUGAAUACUCGGCAAUUGUCGGACUUGAACGACGAGUCCUCGAGCAAUUCUUCUUUUGCUGCCGGCACAAUAAGCCCCAGGCAGCCUCUGCAUCUGGAAGCAAGAAGGACCAGUGCUGGUACAGCACAAUGCAGCAGAUACUCGGCAUGUCAACAACUGGCGGGGAACUGUUGUCCAACCGACAACAAUGUCAUGUUGUAUUGCUGCAACUCUGCAUUGGUGGACACGGUUGCACCUCCAGUACCGGCACCAACCCCAGCACCGAUACCCCCGCCCACUCGGCGUCCUACACCCACUCCUACUACUACCAUCACAUCCAGCAAUGGCGCUUUUUGCAGUAGUCAUUCGAACUGUCCCAAUGUGGAUGUGGAAUGUUGUCCGUCAAAAGUCGAUGGCUUUUACAUGGAUUGUUGUGAUGAUAAUGAUGUGCCGGAGACUGUUGGUGACAAUAUAUUUGAGAGACCUACUGCUCCUUCUCCGACACCGCAGGUAACACCCUUGCUGCCGCCUUUUGCUUCCAAUCAAAACAGCGACAACGAUUUGGGUCCGAAUGUUUACAUGAUUGAUUCCUCUUGGACCACUGCUGAAAUUCAAUUCUUGUUUGAUUCCGUCUUUAACAAACAAGUCAAUAAUGAAAUGGGAUCGGAGCGAUAUGGGAUUUACUUUGCGCCCGGAACGUAUGGGAGUGUUAUAGAACCAUUGCUAGUGCAAGUGGGAUAUUAUACCGAAGUGGCGGGGCUUGGUGCCAAUCCGAGAGAUGUAGUAGUCUUUGGCAAGAUUGAAGUCUACAAUCGAUGCUUCGAACCGGACGAAUUCUUUGACGAGGGAGAGUUCAACCCUACUGAUGGGUCGGGACAUUGCAUUGCCCUCAACAACUUUUGGCGAUCCCUUUCCAAUCUUCAAAUUAACAUCAUCACUCCACCCCAACAAGACUUUUGUCGAGGACAAGCCAACUUUUGGGCCGUCUCACAAGCUUCGUCCAUGCGCCGUGUUUCGAUCGUGGGCGGCAAGCUCAGUCUCAUGGAUUUUUGUACCAAUCCAGCCUUUGCUAGUGGCGGGUUCAUGGCCGACACCCUUGUCCAAGGGGCAAUUGAAAAUGGAUCCCAACAACAGUGGAUUUCACGAAACAUUGAGGUUCGAAACGGGUGGUCGGGGUCAGUUUGGAAUCAAGUUUUUCUCGGGUCCACUGGUGUCUUGUCGGAUGCUACCUUUCCGGAUCCACCAGUCUCGACGGUACCGGACACUCCCAUCAAUCGAGAGAAACCAUUUCUGGUUCGUCAGGCAGAUGGGAAAAUGGCAGUCUUUGUUCCGUCAGCAGUCGCCAAUACUCGUGGCGUCAGUUGGAACUUGGGCGAAACACCUGGAAAGCUGCUGCCGCUCCAAGAUUUUUUCAUUGCAACUCCUUCUACUGUGCCGCAAGAAUAUCGUCAGGCAUUGCAGCGGGGCAAGCAUUUGCUAUUUACUCCUGGUGUGUACGACAUUUACGAAACGAUUCGAGUGGAACGAGCUCACACCGUGGUGUUGGGAUUGGGCCAUGCAACGCUGACAGCACGAAAUGGAGUACUUCCACUACAAACAUCUGAUUCGGAAGGAAUCGUCUUGGCGGGGAUCACUGUCGAUGCUGGACCAGAUGCUGUUUCGCCGAUCCUCAUUCAAAUUGGAGAUCGCAGUCAAUCGCAACCCUCGCUUGCAACGAGCAAUCCAGCACAUCCCAUAACUCUAUCAGAUGUUUACAUUCGAGUCGGUGGACCAUAUGUGGGCAAGUCAAACAUUGCUUUGGAGAUCAAUGCGAAUCAUGUCUUGAUUGAUCAUACUUGGAUUUGGAGAGCCGAUCAUGGAAUUGAAAACUUUGACAAAUCGGAUGGAUAUGGCGGGGACAACGAACGCUGGCGGACGAAUACUGGUAUCAACGGGGCCAUAGUGAACGGAAAUAAUGUGAUUGCCAUGGGGCUCUUCGUGGAACAUUUCCAACAACACAAUUUAAUCUGGAAUGGGGACAAUGGAAAGGUGUACAUGUUUCAGAGUGAAUUGGCGUACGAACCCCCGUCGCAGAGCGAGUGGACCCAACCCUCGGGGAUGUUGGGUUACGAAGCCUAUAAAGUUGGUGACGCUGUCCAGAAUCACUACCUAUUGGGAGGUGGUGUAUAUUGCUACAAUCGAAACAAUCCAGAUAUCAUUACGGAACAAGGAUUUUCGGUACCCAAAGGACGUAGCGGUAUUGUUUUGGAACAUAUCAUGACUCGUAAUCUGAGUGGUCCAGGAAUCGUUCGGUCCAUUGUCAAUGGGAUUGGUCGUCAAGUGGACGCUGGCAAUCGUGGCCCAUACUAUCUUGAUCGGUAUGCUUCUAUCGACCAUCCUGGUCGACUAAACAGCAACGGGAUCACCGCACCACUCCAAUCAUCAAAGGGGGAAGCCAAUAAAGCACCAGUUCUGGCUGGAAAUGAAGCAACAAGCAGCGGAGCAAGUACUCGCAUACAAAAGGGGAAUCCAGGGGGUAUUUGGACCAUUGCGCUUGCUUCGAUUACUGCUGUACUCACACUGGGAUGA